AUGGGCUUUUUGAGCUUAUUUUCUAGAAAGCGGUCGUCAUCCAAGCUCUCGGGUCGGCUACUCAAGGCACAGGCGUAUGAUGCUACAAUAGCUUCGGAGCCACCGCAAAGGGGCGCAUACCCUGUUGCUGGCAAUGGGCCAAAUGUUCUAGAAACUUUAUCCAAGUCAGCCAAGUUCAAAAGCACACAGUUUCCGCUCCAUAUUGACAUAGAAGACGCAUGUGCCCCUUCUCCCCUUGUCCCGCGGUUUCGAGGAGACGAUGUUCAACGACCAAAGACAGCGCCCAACGGUUCCAAAUCAGGAGUAAGCCCGACUAAAGACUCGUCAAAACGCCAAAGCACGUUCAUGGGCCGUACUCUGUCUUUCCGCAAGUCUCGCAUCAUCUCCAAUCCCACCCCAGAUUUGCCAGAUAGUAGUGCGACCCCUGAGUUUGCGCAGUAUGGUCAAGGUUUCGUCCAAGUGUUCCCCCAGACGCUGCCAUCCCUCCCGGCUUCGUCACCAGCGGUCACUUCGCCCAUUAAACUCACACACAGACGGACCAAGUCCAUGCUCAGCGAUGGUGGCCGUUCUGUUGAUUUAUUAGAUGCGCGAUCCGAACUAUCACCACAAAGUCCAGACUUUAGAACGCGUCUGGAGGCAGCCGGGCUCAGAAGUUUUGGCGAAGAUGUAGCAGACAGAAACAUCGCCAUAAGUCUUGAUUCCAGCCAUGUCAAGGCAUUCUACACCCCGGCCGCCGAGAGCAAGACAAGACCGCCGAAUAGAGAUUUGCCCUUGACCUCGGUCUCGAAGGACAAGCCCAAACCCCUUGCCUCAAGCCGCAGUGCGGCGAAUCUGACCAAAUCGCCUUCUCUUCGCCUCUUCCCGGACCAGACUCCUUUGGCAAAGAUUUCAACUGCUGCCAAACCGGCAAAGGAUAACAGUGGCUUGCUCCAGGCAUCCGCCACUGGGUUGAAGCGUCAGGGGAGUUUGUCACAAGGCACCUACGUGCCUUCGGGGUCCACUUCUGAAAACGUAGCCAAAAACUCUGCCAGGAUGAGAGCGCAGAGUCUUCACAAAGUCACUCUGCCCAAGAAUACCAGCACACCCUCUUUACCCGAUCGUCCAGCAACGAGCUGGGAUCCUCGCACCGACGACCCGAGUCCGCAAGUGCCCCAUUAUAUUCCUCGGAGACAGGAUGAAGAUGCCGAGGGGCUCAAGAAGUCGAAGAUACCGGUUGCUACGCCAUUUCGGCACUCGACCCAUCCGGGCACCAAGUUUCACUCACGGUUCCAAACCUAUCAGCCCAAGUCUGACAGCAGACCUGGCACGUCCUCGAAUGUUGGGUCAGUACCGAGAACCUCCACGUCUGCGGCUUCCGAUCCGCGCCCCUCCUCUUCGAGGGCGAACAGCGGCCAUGUCCUGGAACUUCCCGCGUCAUUCGCCGUAAGCGAUGGCUCGGACUGGUUUGCAGGCUUGGACGAUACAAAGUCAGCGCCCUCACCCUGUGUGAGUAUAUCGCAUACGCACAAUGAAAGGCCAGAACCCAGGAGCGUCGGAGGCCGCAGAUGCCCCAGGACCCAAAGCAUGUUUUCGCUGUCAAGGCGCAGUGAUCUCGAAGAUAUUUCCGAAUUCGUUCCCGAGCGCACAAGUAGCAGACGAAGGUGGUCGGUCGCAUCCGAUGCGCUUAGCGUUUCUUCUCUAGGCUCUUUUGCACACACUCCACGUCCUCAGUCUGUCCUGACUCCAGAGACUUCGAUCGAUCUCGGCUUCCAGGGAAUACUCGAAAUAGUUGAAGACAUCCCAACGGAAAAUGGACAAGCCCAAAAAGAAGACUUCAACAUUGAUGACUACGUCUCCUCAGACGACGACUCGUUUGUGGCGCCGCGGCAUCCGCGAGUCCAGGACGGAGAGAACCUCCUGUUCAGAGACGGCAGAUAUGGCAUAUCUCAGCUACCUGGUCUGAACCACAGCUACACCACAACAGAGCCGGCAUCAGCACCGGUGGUUCGUGGGCGGGCUCCUCCUGUGACCAUGUCCAACCUUCCUUCGGAACGGCCGUCGAGCAAGAAAAGUCCAAGGGUCACAGGACGAGGCCUUGACUCAAUCGCCUCGGUGUACAACACACGCAGAUCUAUAUCACAAUCUCAUGCGCGUUUUCGACGACCAUCGGUGGAGGUUGACGACAGCUCAGAUGGGGAGAUUGACAGCCUGAGAGACAGGCAUGGUCAUGGUCAUCGUCGGGUAUCUCAGCAACAAUCUCCGUCGUAUCGAGAUCGCAAUGGCUCACGGCGGCUCUCUGUGACAGCGGUCAAGUACGAUAAUAAGAGCAAUAUUGAAAUCGUACAUGCUACCAGGGUUUGCGUGUGUGGCGCUUAUGCCGAUGAGCCAAAGCUGGAGAAGCCGAGUUCUUUUGCAGCUGGCCGUAGGCGCAAACAGGAAAAGAUGAGGGAGCGAACCAUGCAGCUCGCGCAGCGUGGCAGAAGCAAAAGUGGAGCUGACAAGGAAGAAAGGCGUUGA